CAGCAGCAGCAACAACAGUCGUACUAUGCGCCACCAACAGCAGCCCUUUUGAGCGGACUACAACAUCAAUAUCAACAAGAACACCCAUCAUCCAAUGCAUCCGUUGUCAUGCCACACCAGCAACAGCAACGAUAUGAGCACCACUAUUAUGACGACAAUGACGAUGCUUAUUCGUCUAUCACGGCAUUUACGGCAGAUCAAUCUGGCGCGCUUGCUCAGCAGAGAAACCCAAAACUGAAAAAGAAAAAAUCGUUUGCGGCAUUGGCCAAAAAGUCCCUGAUACCAAAGACCCCUAGUUUCUGGAGUCCCCGCGAGGCGAAACAGUAUCGAAACCAACGACGACCGUCUUCUGUACCACCGCCAAACUCGCGGUCAACGCCAGCGCCACCACCGAGCUACGAAGUUUCUGCUGCGAACAACAAUCAUCAUCAUGGUAGUAACAUGCCCGGUGGUUAUCCAAACAGCGCACCAACUACGCCCGCGCCACCUUUAUCAUCACAACAGCAACAAGAAGCACCCCCACCUCCACCACCGUUCAGCUUACCCCAAAUCCCAGCUGGCGGUUAUUUAUAUUAUUGUCCACCACAACAGCAACAACAAACGCCAUCAGAGCAACCACAGCCAGGAGCUAGUCCCAAUGUUGCCAGCCCUCAAAAUUCACCAUUCUCCAAGCACAAGCAUCGGACGGUAGAUGCUACCAUGUAUAAUCCGCGUCAGAUAGAAGGCGAUCGGUGCACUAUAAUGUGAUAUAUCUUGCAUGAUCAUAACGAUUCGUGUUGUUUUUUUUUUCAAAUAAAGAUCGUCAUAAGCCUAUUGUUCGUGUACUAUUACCAUAACCCAAUUGUCAUUGGUGCUUUUCUUUUAUGUGCACUUUAUACUCUACAGCACAGUGGCCCACAACACAUGAAAAGUUAGA